CCGGGGUCUCCAGAGAGGGCCUCGGCGACAUCAAAGCCUGGCGGCAGGAGCUGGGGACGGGGGCCAAGGCGGGAGCUCCGAGGCCUGAUGCUGUGCAAGCCCGUCUCUUCCUGCUCUGCGUCUACCUGGUGGGAUUCUUGUUGUAGCAAGUAACCAAGUAAACUAGUAAUGAGAACAACAACACUUAAAGGAAAAAUGGACAAUCUCUUAAUUCAGAAUACCUAGCAAAAAGGAUCAGUACCUAUUCUCAGAGCUGAAGAGAAAAUAUGUUUGAGCUUCUAUUGUGUGUCAGACUUUUCUCAAUUGCUGUGUCUCUUAAUGGACAUCAUAUAUCUACCAGGCAGGAUUUGUUUGGUGUUAGCAUGGUUGUCCCUUUAUUGAGUGUUCAUAUCAAGUCUCUUGGAGCAAGUCCAACAGUUGCUGGAAUUGUAGGCUCCUCCUAUGGCAUUCUGCAGCUCUUUUCUAGCACAUUGGUGGGCUGCUGGAGUGAUGUGGUUGGAAGGCGGUUUUCCUUGCUGGUGUGCAUUCUCUUCAGUGCUCUGGGUUAUCUUAUUCUCGGAGCAUCUACCAAUGUAUUCUUGUUUGCUCUCGCCAGAGUCCCUGUGGGUAUUUUUAAACAUACACUCUCCAUUUCAAGGGCUUUGCUUUCUGAUCUGGUUCCAGAGAAGGAACGACCAUUAGUCAUUGGACAGUUAAAUACAGCAUCUAGUGUGGGCUUUAUCUUGGGCCCCAUGGUCGGUGGCUAUCUUAUUGAACUAGAUGGUGGAUUUUCUCUCACAUGCUUCAUCUGUUUUUCUGUCUUCGUUCUCAAUGCUGGUCUUGUUUCGCUGUUUCCAUGGAGUGAAAUAAAAGUCAGUAGUACAAAGAAUAGUCUACGGUUGGGUAAGAACUGUGCACCUUUGGGAAAGACAGACCAUGAAGUUCAGGAGGCAAGCCCUACCCUUGGGAACAUGGUGAGUGAGAAGACCCCUAGGCUGCACUGGAUGGAAGUCAUAUCUGCACUGCAGGACAUGAAGAGCCUGAUAUUUUCUGAAAUGUGGGACAUAUUUCUAGUACGCUUGCUAAUGGCCAUGGCAGUUCUGCUGUACUAUAGUAAUUUUGUCCUGGCGCUUGAGGAGCGUUUUGGGGUGAGGCCCAGGGUGACAGGCUACCUCAUCAGUUACAGCAGCGCCCUGGGGGCCCUGUCUGGCUUGGUCCUGGGGCCCAUCCUACGUCUGUACAGGCACAACUCCCACAAGGUCCUGCGGCACUCCAGUAUGCUCACCUUCCUGCUCCUGUUGCUGUAUUCCGUGGCCCCCACCAUGGGAACUGUUGUUUUCUCCUCCACACUCCUGGCCUUCUCCACGGCCAUUGGCAGGACUUGCAUCACAGACCUCCAGCUAACUGUGGGUGGGGCUCAGGCCAGGGGCACCCUUAUAGGCUUGGGGCAGUCAGUGACGGCAGUGGGCAGGGUCAUGGCCCCCAUCCUCUCUGGACUUGCCCAGGAAGUCAGCCCUUGUGGUCCCCCCAGCCUGGGAGCUGCAUUAGCCUUGGUGGCUAUUUUCAUAAUGUCACGAAACAAACUUCACUAUGAUGGUGAUAGGACUGAUAGAUUAAAAAGUGAAUAGAAUGAAUUUGGACAACACCAAGAAGCAAAAUCUGAGGUGGUGAAUGACGGGCAGAGGCCAUGUGAGAAGGGUGUUUUGGAAAGGGUGGGUGAUCUAAGUGAAAAGAUGUUAUUUCCACUCAAGUUCAUCCAGGUCAGCCUUCAGCUCUGCAUUUAGGCCUGUGGAUGAUCAGAAGUCAGAGCCUUGCCAAAGGGGAAUGUAUUAAACAUAUACCUAAAAGUCUUUUUUUCCCAUGUGGGUCAGUGAGGUUAAAUCAAGGGUAAAAGAGCUACCAGCCACAGGAUAAGAAAAUAGUGAUGGCAUACGAGAACACAGUAUGUGCAACAAGUGAGGAGACUCAAGGAUUUUCCUUCUAAAUAAAAAUAGGGUAAUAUUAGUGCUAAUCAGCUGGGAUACAGGUUUCUUUCAAUCAUAUAAGUGAAGAGGAAGCUUUUCUACUGUCAAAGUCCUAGAGAUUGAAGAAGCUGCUUUAUUAAAGCUAAUUUGUCACUUUCUCACGUCAUAACAAGGUUAUGAAUAUUAGUUCCACCCAGAGACCUGGUUAAAAAUCAGAUGCUCAGUCUCACCCCGGAGACUGAUUCCAUGCGCCUAGGUGAGGCCAGAUAUCUGUGGUAUUUAGUAAGUAUCCCUUGCAGUUUCUCAUGGGAUUAAAGAAAGAGUUUGAUUAGAGCAAAACCCAGAGAGAGAUUUGGUGGUUUUAUUGGUAGCUAACUCAAUUUGGACUGUCUGUUAAAAUCAUGUAAUCACAAUAUGUUACACUUUCCCCAGCUGCUAGCAUCAUACCCCAUAACAUUUUAUAUAGAAUAAGAUUGUGUCAAGUAUCAUUCUUACCAGAUGAACUUAAUUCUAGAGUGUCUUGUGUUGAAAAUCAUUUUCUUUAUUUUACACCUGUGCACAAAAGAGCUAUGUUGUUCUACAAGGACACAUUUUGGCAGAUCUUUUCCUGGGUCUAAACUGAGCUGCCAUUCCAAAAUUAGUGCCCAAGGAGAGAGGGGCCCAGAAUGAGGUUAGCACAGGCUUGCACAAGGCAUUAUUUAUAAGGCACAUCCUGACUAUUGGCAUAACGUCAGUUAUUAAUAAAAAUUAUUUAGAAGCUCGCUGUCUUUUCCUCCCACAAACUACCAAAGUACACAUUCCUGUCAAUCUUCUUAAUUAGCCAAGUAGGAUAUUAUUCCUGCUUUCACCCUAAUAUACAUAUAAUUGUAAAUAAUAUUUUAACACACUACUUUUUUAUAACUUAAAUACUCUUCUUAAGCAGAAAAAAAUAUUUCUGUAGUUUUAGAAGUUGGAUAUGGGGUAAACUCAAAUAUGAAAAUGAAUCAGUUGGAAAUUUGAAGAUUGUCCUUUAUCUACAAGAAAAAUAUAAACUUUAUUGUGUCAUAAUUCUGAACUUUUGAGUUGGCUAAAAAGUUAGUAUGGUUUUUGUAAGAUGACCCUAAUAGCACUUAGUUGCAUUUAACUUCAUUCAAAACAAUUUUGUUAGAUUAUAUUGUAACACUAUGCAUUUAAAAAAAAAUCAAAAUUGGUAAAUUUUUGUAUAGCCAUUUUAAUACUGAAAAUGGAAGAAAAUAAGCAACAUUUCAGCAUAUUAUGAUUUAUUAUUUCAAGAAAGGUAAAAACACAACUGAAAUGCAAAAAAAGAUUUGUAUGGUGUAUUGAGAAGGUGCUUUGACUGAUGGACUGUGUCAAAAGUGGCUUGCAAAGUUUUGUGCUGGAGAUAUCUCAUUGGAUGAUGCUCCAUGGUUGGGUAGACUGGUUGAAGUUGAUACCAAAUUGAGACAUUAAUUGAGAAUAAUGAACGUUACACCAUGUGGGGAGAUAGCCAACACACUCAAAAUACCCAAAUCAGUAAAGGUAUUGGUGAAAAUGAAAAAUGUGUCUUUUACUUUAUGGAAAAAUCUAAACAGCCUUUUUGGCCAACCCAGUACAAGUUCUUAGUAAUUUGAGGAAGCCAAAGUGUACUAUAAAAUGGCCUUGUGCUUUAGGACUAUAAUAACUUGUUAUGGAGGUUAGACUCAAUGGACAAUAAAUAACAAAGACUUUUUGUAAUGAAGUAGAAUUUCAGAAGAAUUUCUCUAAAAACUUUCUUUUCUUCACUCUCAAAUAUAGACAAGUUCCUGAGAAGCUCUUAAAUAUAGCCUAGAUAAAGCAUAGCACUUUAUUUCUGAGGUUAAAUAAAAGCCUGUAAACUUACUGAGGUUUUACAGUUAAGCAAAAAUAGAUCUUAGUCUAGAGAAUAGAAAAACGUUUUUGUUUUUCUCCACUGGUAGGUAGUUUCAGUGUUUUGUACACAUGAUUUUUUUUUUUUAAGAUAAAUAUUCUGUUAUACCUCCUCUUAUUAGUCUGAUGUGCUGCUGUUACUCAAGGUGUGUUCUGGGGACCAGCAGGGCCAGGGUCCCUUGGAGCAGAUGCCCCACCUCAGACCUGCUGGGGGACCAUUUCACAAGACACAGCUGCUUUGUAUGUACAGUAAAGUUUGAAAACCACUACUGUAAUGGGCACUAUUUGUAUAAUUUAUGGAAUAUA